UCGUGGCCAUGAACUACUUCCCCUACAUCAGCUACAAGUGCUCUCGUGAUGUGCCUGGCAACGUAGCCUAUCUCACCGACUCCCUCAAUACUAGGAUGAUCACUGUACUUGCCAACAGCCUCAACUUCACGUAUGAUGUGCGGGAACCCGAGGACGAGCAGUGGGGACUUGAAAUCAGUGGAGGCAAUUGGACAGGGAUCGUUGGAACACUUCAACACGAGAAAGCAGAUUUCUCCAUGGACCUCACACUCACGCCACAAAGAGCAGUAGUCGUGGAGUUCUGCAGAGUAUACAUUGAUGAAGACACUGUCAUCCUGUCCACAAAACCAAGGCCUCUACCUGAGUACUUGUCUCUGAUUAACCCGUUUGGAGGUCUGGUGUGGAUGAUGGUUGUGGUGGAAAUAUUCGUGUGGGCGGCGACGCUUUGGCUCCUGUUAAAUAUCAGCGUGCAUGUGUAUGGGGGGAGGCGCCUCAGCUUUAAUACUGCACUCUUUUAUGGCUGGGGGCUACUUCUGGAGGAACAACCGCUCCGGCCACCCAAGGAACUCGCUGGCAAGGUAUAUAUUAUUGUCAUCCGAAGUACGGAGACAAAAUCAUCAUAG